GCAGCAAAUAAUAACAAAAUUAGAAGAGAAUCAGCAGCGGAAUAAUAAUAAUGACGAGAGCAGUAGAAGGAGGUCACCGGAGCGUGAACAUGGGCCCACCCCGGAGUUUCGGGACGGUGCUGAAAUUGAAACUGAAAGAGACGUUAUUCCCGGACGAUCCGUUCCGGCAAAUCCGGAAAGAGCCGUUAGGGCGGCGAUCGAUCCAAACGCUGCAGUAUUUCGUCCCCAUGCUCGAGUGGCUCCCCAAUUACAGCUUCAACCUCUUCAUGUACGAUCUCCUCGCCGGAAUCACCAUCGCCAGCCUCGCUAUUCCGCAGGGCAUCAGCUACGCCAAUCUCGCUUCUCUCCCUCCCAUCAUCGGACUCUAUUCGAGUUUCGUGCCACCACUGAUAUACGCUAUUUUCGGGAGCUCAAAGCAUCUCGCGGUGGGUACGGUGGCGGCGUGUUCGUUGCUGAUCGGUGAAACCAUCGGAGAAAAAGCAUCCGCCACUACCCAAACGGAACUUUACGUUAGCCUUGUUUUCACCACCUGUUUUAUCUCCGGUCUGCUUCAGUCAGCUCUCGGCCUCUUGAGGCUCGGUGUGUUGGUCGAUUUUAUGUCGCACUCGACGAUAACUGGGUUCAUGGGUGGAACGGCUCUGCUUAUUAUUCUACAGCAGAUGAAAGGAAUGCUUGGCAUGAAGCAUUUUACCCACAAAACUGGCGUAGUUAAUGUUAUACAAGCCAUUUUUAAAUAUAAAAAUGAGUGGAACUGGAAAUGUGCACUCAUUGGCGUAGUAUUCCUCGUAUUUCUCCAGCUCACCAGAUUUGUGAAAAAGAAGAAUCCGAAGCUGUUCUACAUUUCAGCUAUGGGUCCGAUGGUGGUUGUUGUCGCCGGUUGCCUUCUCGCGUACUUUGGCAAUGCCACCAAACUUGGCAUUUCUACCGUGGGCCCGCUCAAGAAAGGGAUCAACGCAUUAUCCGUUAACCGUUUGAACUUCGACCCGGCUUACAUAUCCGCCCCGUUGAAAGCCGGAAUUAUCACCGGUGUCAUUGCCCUCGUGGAAGGAAUAGCUAUCGGAAGAAGUUUCGCUUUGGCAUCGAACACAAACGUCGACGGUAACAAGGAAAUGGUAGCUUAUGGUUUCAUGAACAUCAUCGGUUCUAUGACGUCGUGCUACUUAACUACCGGUCCGUUCUCGAAAACGGCGGUCAACGUGAUGGCAGGAUGCAGGUCUCAAAUGGCGAACGUGGUGCAGUCGGUAUGCAUGUUACUAGUCCUCCUCUUCUUGGCACCACUAUUCAGCUACACGCCCCAGGUGGCACUAUCCGCCAUUAUAAUCUCCGCGAUGCUCGGUUUGAUCAAGUACAAGAAGGCCUACCACCUCUACAAAACCGACAAAUUCGACUUCCUCAUUUGCAUGUCCGCGUUUUUCGGCGUCUCCUUCAUUAGCAUGGACAUGGGUCUCUUGAUAUCCGUCGGAUUAGCGUUGGUUAGAGCAUUGUUGUACAUGGCGAGGCCCGCGACUUGCAAGCUAGGGAACAUUCCGGAAUCGAACCUUUAUCGUGACGUAGAGCAGUAUCCGGGUGCAACGGGAAUUCCAGGGUUUCUUAUUGUGCAAAUCGGUUCGCCUAUAUACUUUGCAAGUGCUCCGUACGUCACAGAGAGGGUCAUGAGAUGGGUCCGAGAGGAACAAGAGUUGGCGAACGAUAACGACCUUGAAUAUGUAUUAUUGGAAAUGGGAGGCGUGACAGCGAUCGAUAGCACGGGAAUGGAAGCUCUAAUUGAACUUCGAAGAAACUUACAAAAUAAAGGAAUGAAGAUGAUUUUGGUAAAUCCGAGGAUCGACGUAAUGGAAAAGUUGAUCGUCGCAAAAUUCAUCGAAAAGAUCGGCGAAGAUGCUGUUUUCUUGUCGGCCGAAGACGCUAUCGAGGCUUGCAGAUUCACACUUCGAAAUUCGAAACAAGGCACUGUGGAGGUUUGAUGAACUAGAGUCGGUAGUGACUUGUUAAUAAUGGCUCGUUUAUUUCGAAACGUAAUAAAAAAAAUAAAAUGUGCGAUCCUCGAUCGAAGAUCGAGUUGCAAUUUGUUUUUUUGUUUUGUUUUCGUUUCCCACCUUUGCAGUUUCUUUACUUUUAGGUAAAGAAACUUGCAAUAAUCAAUUGUACAUUCAUGGUUAGCAAAUAAAAUCUAAUUUAAUUUCCAUUUUCCUAUCUCACCAUUGUUGG